UUCCGCAACCCUCAGUGUAUAGGAACAUUUAAAUGAACUUAUUUUAGGACUGAGAAACGAGACAGUGAUUAAUAACCGUUUGUUGUGUUAGUGAAUUACUACAUUGUAGACAAGAGGCAAUAUUUUAUGUUAUUGGCUUUAGUGACCGUUAAACAAAAUGGAUACGUGUCUUUCUAGGAAGUUACAGAAACCGGAGAAAAAGAUGGAAAGUUGGGAAAAAGAGGAAGACGAUGCAUCUUUACCGUUCUUUAACAGACAGGAAGGUGAAGUUGGAAUAUACAUGACCAUUUACGAUGCCAAAGCAGAAAAUCCGAAGUCUUAUGGAUCUGAAAGAUUUUAUUACAUGGAUUUGACAGAUAGGUUAUUCGACCACCUAUCGUCGGCCGACGUCGUCAAGCUUAGAGAAGACUUGGAAAAGAAGGGCGCUCUUCAUGGAGCUUAUAUUGAACGUUUUUCUAGGGGAAUAGUUUUAGCUGUAGGAUUUGAUGAUAUAGGAGCAUUAGACUCACUCUGGGGUCUACAUCAGAGAGGGAAACUGAGUAUGACCUUCCAGGACGUUAUCAUCAAUAGCACUGUAUUAAAGAAGCUAAAAACGUCCAAGAUUGUACUCAGAUCUAAAAUCUUGGAAUCUGAAUACAACAAUUGUACAAACGAACUGUUAAGUAGAAAAAUGAAAAGACUGGAAAUUAAAACUAGAGAAGUAGACAAGAAAAUGGUUCUAAGAUUGACAGAACAACAAAAAAGUUUCACCGAUAAUGUGCAAUCCUUGAAGGAUACUGAAGAAGACAUAGAAUUAUCGUUAGGAGAAUUUGCUCUUACAAUGAAACAGAUUCUACCACAAGGUGUACUCGAAUUAAAAACUAUACGAGAGUUCGAAACAAAUUACAAAAUGGCCAAAGGAACAUCACGUGUCAAAAACACCAAAAUUAUUGACCAGUUCAUAGACAUGUUAGGGAAGUUACGAACCACGUUCACAGAAGCGUUUACACAAUUAUAUGUACCAUUGCUUCAAGUUCAUUCCAUUUGUGAAAGCGAAAAACAAAAACAAAUAAAAAGAGACAUACGCAAGAAAAUUAAUAAUGGACAAGAAUUAAUGAAACCGGAAGCUCCGCUCAAAAUUGUGAUUCAUCCCGUCUGGGCAAGAAAGAUACUUCCUCGAGAGCAGUCAUUAUUCCGUGGACUUGUGUGCGUACUCCCGCUUGCCGUUGAAGCUCUCAAAGACAUCGACUUCAUGAUUGAUGAAUAUAUUAACGAUUUUGUAUUGUAAUAUGUAUUUAUUUCAUAUCAUUAGUCCAUCCAUAUAACAUUAAAUAAUAAAAUAUA